ACCCCGGAAAGGGAGGGGCCUCGAGCUCUGUCCCAGCACCUAAAACCACGCUGCUCAGGGCUCUGCUUCAGGAAGCUUCCAUCUUCAUCCCUUGAGACCACAGCUGCUCCCCAAAGCCAGAGAUGAUCAAAGAGGAACACGAGGUGGCCAUCAUGGGGGCGCCCCAGGGCCCAGGACCUGUGGUGUCCACCGUGGUCAACAUCCAGCCUGAGACCGCCGUGCCCGACCACAUCGUCUGGUCCCUGUUCAACACGCUCUUCUUCAAUUUCUGCUGCCUGGGCUUCGUGGCCUUCGCCUACUCCGUGAAGUCCAGGGACCGGAAGAUGGUGAACGACGUGAUUGGGGCCCAGAGCUACGCGUCCACCGCCAAGUGCCUGAACAUCGCAGCCCUGAUCCUGGGCCUCCUUGGGACC